AUGGUAUACUCAGUCCCCAUAGAAGCCGCCCAACUUCUGCGCAAGGGUAUCUUACAAAAUCCUUUGCUCACAGCGAACAUUCCCAACGAUGCAUCCUCUCUUGCAGACUAUGUCACCUUCACAGGAAAUGAGAACCCCAAUAUUCCUAUCAACUGGCGCUUUGCUGAGAGUAUUUCCGCACUGAAGGGCCUUGAGUCUCUCUGGAUCAAUGCCCUGUUGAAGGCGAAGUAUAACCACGGUCCGGUGAAGGUCGAGAUUGAUACCGACCAUGCCACGCUGUUCGUCAUGUCGACUCUCCUUAUUGACGUGGUCGACGAGAAUGGAAAAGCGGCAAACCCAGAUAUGUCCCCAAUCGAGCGUAUCAUAUCGAUAUUCCCCAGUCCCGGGAGGAAUUUUGGAAAAGAGACCCCGCACCGCUCAGCCAUCACCAACAUCUACAAGACCCAGGAUGGGCGGUGCUAUCAUCUCCACGGCAGUAUGAACCCUACCCCCUCCUCGACAGCACUGGGUCUAGACCCUGACCGCCAAGCCUCUUCGCCCGCCGAUGCAUUGAGUACUAUCCAAGAACGUGUUCAGCAACACACAGCUGCAGACCUAGACGAGCUUAUGAAUGAAAAGUACCGACAGGCUGGGACAAUCUGCUACUCCACGGACGAAUACAAAGCAAGUGACCAUGGGAAGGCUAACGCUCAUGUUGGUCUCUAUGAGCUGAACCACGUUCCCAACGACGCUCAGAAGCCCGGAUGGUGGAAGGCAGUCUCAGACACAGGGGUAGCUCGCCCUCUGGCUGGCCUUAAAGUCGUCGACUUAUGUCGCGUCAUUGCUGGCCCGAGUAUCUCGAAGGGAUUGGCCGAGCUUGGUGCGAGUGUGAUGCGGGUAACCGGUCCAGGGGUCGUAGAUGUAUAUGCUCUGCAUGCCGACUUGAACUGGGGCAAGUGGAAUUGUUCGAUUGAUUUAAAGAUAGAUGAGGGGAAGGAGACUCUACGCCAGCUCAUUCUCGAGGCUGAUGUUGUGCUAGAUGGAUACCGACCGGGUGUGAUGGAAAACCUUGGAUUCGGCAGGGAUGCUGUGCUUGAACUGGUCAAGGACCGGCCAUUCGGCCUUGUUUAUGCUCGCGAAAAUUGCUACGGCUGGCAUGGUCCCUGGCAGCAUCGGAGUGGAUGGCAGCAAAUCAGUGAUGCGAACUGUGGUGUUUCCCUCGAGUAUGGCCGUGCCAUGGGUCACGAUGAAGCAGUUACCCCCGUCUUCCCUAAUUCGGACUACUGCACCGGUGUUUUGGGCGUCUGCGGAGUCAUCAACGCUCUAAUCGAAAGGGGCAACAAGGGUGGAUCUUUCCUCAUGGAUACCGCCCUGAACUACUACUCUCAGUGGCUGGUGAACAGCGUGGGAGUCUAUCCCCCGUCUGUCUGGGAGAAUGUCUGGCAGCGACAUAACCGGCUCACCUUCCGCCAUAAUGACAAUAUGCUUGCCACCAUUCCACUUAUGAUGAAGUCACUCAUGCUGAACAGCGGUGCACAACUGUUCCAGCCACGCUUCUUCGAGAUCCGGUAUUCUGGGGCGGUCGAUCGUUACUUCAAGGUGGUUCGACCUGUGCUCAGCUUCGGUGAUAAACAAGUGGAUCUUCGGUUCAAUGUCGGAACAAGGAGCAAUGGCCAAGAUGCUGCUCGCUGGCCAGAAGAUCUACGGACGGAGAUUGUCACCAGCGCAUAG